AUGCAAUUCACAAAUACAAGGCUAUCCCGGCCAGUGACGGGGAAAGACCUGUCGUCGUUCGCCGACCAACUGGAGAGCGUGGCCAAUCAGAUCAAGGACCUGGCCACGGCUUCCCGGCUGGAGACGCUCGCCUCCAGGACCAGACGGCUGCUCGUCAGCCACGUCCAGCCGCUGGAGCAACGCAAGGAGGACCUGGUGUACCAGCUGACAGCUCUUGAGGUUCAGAUGCAGCCGCUGCAGAGGCAGGUGAACCAGUCCCUGUCGCACCUCAAGACCAUCCAGUACUUCAUCAACAAUCAGGGAGACAGUAUCUGCAAACAGAAAACCAAGGAGUACGCGCGGCGGCUGCUGGGCUACGCGGACCAGUGCCGCGACCACGUGCUGGCGGCGACGGGCGAGCGCCUGGCUCCUUGCCGGCCGCUGUGGGACGUCUUCCACGCGCUCCGGCAGCUGCUGUGCCGCCACAUCCUGGACCCGCUGAAUGGCUUCUGGUUCUCGUGCGUGUGCUGCCUGCUGCUAUUCCUGGUCGCCUGCCCGCUGUGCCUCAAGCUGGCGGACCUGUGCCGCGACGGGGGACUCAUGCAGCCCGGCAGCUCCGACAGCCCAUCUGAGGCACUGAUGAUGCCUGAAAGCAAUACCUGGGCCUCUAACAAUCGGCCAGUCGAAUCUGACGGCUGGUGACGAAGUGGAAACAUCGCCCAAAUGUGGUCCUCGCUUUGGGAUGGCGUCAUUUUGGCAACGCUGCAACAACUUUCGACUCUACCAAUUUUUACCUGCGAAUCUUGUGGAAUGCUGUCACAAAAAUGGUAUUUUAGUGGUUUCGAAGCAAAUAUUUUCUAAAACAUUUUACUUCACUGAGAUAAACGAGUAGUGAAAUGACAACAGAAACUGUAAUAGGUUUACAAAUUCAGCGUUGACCAAACUUUAUUAUCAGCAACAGAAUUAUCUGAGCAUAGAAAAUACUAAAUCAAACAAUAAAACAGUUCUGUGAAAUAGAGAAACAGUUGUACAGGAUGUGUCUGAAAUUAACCGAUGAAUCGCAUGUUCACCACGUAAAAAUAAGUUGAAAACAUUUACUACAUAUAGUUUAAAGUGCUUCCUAAAACUGGUAUACGCUUUUGACGUUGCAGCUGAACCAUUUGUUAUUUUUGAAUAAGAAUCAAACUAUUUAUGAUGAAACUACCACCAUCUGGAUAAUGUCGAAUUGAACAAAGUCAUACAAACACUGAAUAUCUUGUUGCUGAAUUAAAAUUAUUAGUUGAAAUAAUUUAUAGAAAUACCCUUAUUUCUCAAACAUUUUUUUGCCGGAAUGAGUAAUGUGGUUUUUAAUGGCUAAUUAUUAAUAUCAAUGUCAAAAGUAACACCGUCAAAAGUAAUAAUGUCAAAAGUUUCACCGUACCAUUUUCAAGAAAAUAUAAUAUAAUUUUAGAACGAGAUGCUUGGAUGCCUGGGAGUUGUGCAACAUUCACAGCACCCAUUUUGAAACAGCUUCCCUAAAAUCAGGGACACUGAUUGUUAAGUGAUGUAAACGCCAAUGAAGGUAUAUCGAAGAAAACAUUGAACUAAUAAUUAAAAUAAAAAAGCUGGUGAUAUAACUUAAAGCACAUAAACUUUAAUGCUGAACAAACCAUGCAUUUCAACAAAUACCACAAGAGAAAAACAUUUUGGCUACAUUUUAUUUGUGAAGAACUAUCUCCUCAUCAAAUACAUAUUAUUAAUAAAGGGACGUUUUACUUUUAAGAGCACAGUUCACAAAAUUCAGCAUGUAAAGUGUGGUGAAUGCAUUCCAAUUAUGGAAGUCGCCCGCCACAAGACACGGCCGCUUGAAAUAGGAUGCCCCAUUUACCGCCGGAACAUGUAAAUGUAUCAUAGCCCUGACAUGCACUAAGAAUAGUAGUGUUCAUGUUGAUGUAAGUGCGGGCAGUUAUUAAGCGUGCUGCCUGACUUCCAUAUUUAAAACGUAAUCUUCAGAUUUUUAGUGGUAAAUUUUGUGAACUAAAGUAAAAUGCCAUUUAAUUAACAAGUUAUGUUUUAUGAGGAGAUAUUUCUUCACAAAUAAAGGCGUAGCCACAUUUUUUUCUUGUAGUAUUUGGUGACAUUCAUGGUUUGUUCAGAAUUCACGUUCAUGUGCUUUAAGUUACAUCUGCAGUUAUUUAAGAUGAAUUAUCAGUGCCCCUGAUUUUUGGCAGCUGUUUCAAACUGUGUGUUGUGAGUGUUAACAAACCUACCAGGCGUCGAAGUAUUUCAUUCUAAAUUUUACACUAAUUUUCCUUGAAAUCGGUGUGGUAAAGGGUAGUACAAAACGGUGACCUUUUUCGUUACUUUUGACAUUUAGAUAAAUAAUCAGCCAUUAAAAACCGCAUUUUUCCUUCCGGUCACAAAAAUGUAUGGGAAAUAAGGGUGUUACUCUAAAUUAUUUCUACUACUUAAUAUUAUUACAGUUUCAAGAUUUUCAGUGUUUGUAUAACUUGGUUCAACUAAAAAAUAAACCAGAUGUUUGGCGUUUCAUCAUAAAUGGUUUAUUUAUUAUUUUCAAAAACCAACCGGUUCAGCUGAAACUUUACAGGCGUAUACAAGUCCUGGGAAGCACGUAAAACCAAGUGUCGUCAAUAUUUUCAAUUUAGUUUUAUGUGAUGAAUAUACAGCCGAAGAUCGUUGGUCAAUUCAGACCCAGCCUUUAUGGUGCCUACAACUCUUCAGAAAAUUGUCUCAAUAUUUACAUUCUAAGUAAGUUAUGGAUGCCGAAGCUUGGGUCUUAAAGCCAUACUUAUAUUUCUCUGUGUAUCUUAUUAUUUUAAUAUUGUUAAUUACAACUACUGAAUAAUAAAAAUAUUUCAGAAAUGUUAAUUUAACAUAUCUCUGAAAUGUCUAUUAUGUCAAGCAAUGCUUAUAAAACAUAUGGUUGUUAAUUUUAAUAGAAUAUUCAGCAUCUAUGUUUUGUCCUCCAGUUAUUGUAGAGUUAGCUCUAUUUCAGUAGUAACUUCAAAUGUAUGAAAGUGAUAUUUUUAAGUACAGAAUAAAUGUCAUCGAAUGUAAUUAUAUUAAUAAAAAUUGAGUGUUUUAUU